UGUCACUGAUGCAUCUCAAGAGUUGUGAAUGAAAGGUAUGAAAGCUUUAGCUCUCUUGUAAACCAAGGGGUAUGGGGUCAGGCAUGUAAUCAGUGGAUAUACAAGUAAGUUCUUAUCACCGAGGGAUCAGUUCGAAUUCUGCCACGACGCGAGACGGUUCGUCAGGCCUUUUGUCGGCACUUUACCACGAUCGCUUGACUGCCAGUGAAGAACGCCCUCAAUUCAUCAUGAAGAAAACUUUUGUCUUUUUUGUUGCUGUGAUGCUAAUAUCAGUUGCAGUUAUUGAAGCGAAAAAGAGAAAAUCCAAAGGGCGUGAUAGAACGUGCAAUCGAUCAUGCCAAGGCUUCAGAGUGAAAAAAUCUUUGUGUGGGAGCGACGGUAAAACGUACAAGAACUUUUGUCUGUUCAACAAAGCAAGGUGUAAAGCCAAUAAAACUGGCGUCAGUCUGACAGUAGAGCACACCGGAUCUUGCCGCUGCUCUAAAGUACUUCCCAAAUGCGAUCAGGAUGGCAACUCCACGAAACAAGCCAUGUGCGGAAGCGACAAUACCACUUAUGAAUCAUUUUGUUCCUUUCGUGUCGCGAGGUGCGAAGCGAAGCAAAACAAAACCAGGUUGACGGUGCUGUAUAAGGGGGAGUGUAAAAAGCAGAAAAAAACAAGAGUGUGCCCGAAUUUGGGCCAAUGUUACAUUAAAGAACAGCCCGUCUGUGGCAGCGACAAAAAGACUUACAGAAAUCCUUGUUUCUUUCGGGUUUCAAAGUGCAUCGCUAAACGGCAGAACCAGAAGUUGACUAUCAAGAAGAGAGGGGCGUGUGGCAAACGGAAACCUUCCAAAUCGUGUCCAAAAAAGUGUCCAACUAAAUAUCGACCCGUGUGUGGCACAGAUAAUAAGACGUACGAAAACAGCUGUCUUCUAUCCAUUGCCAAAUGUGCACUGCCCAAGAAAAACAGGAACUCUCUUCAGUUGCAGUAUAAUGGACCUUGCAGUUCGCCGACCACCCCAAAGCCUUGCCCUAGAUGGGAGGACUGCAAAAUUGUGAGGAAACCCGUGUGUGGGUCGGACGGGAAAACGUACCCUAACUUGUGCGUCUUCCGGAUCACAAAGUGUCUUGCAAGGAGAAACGAGCAAAAGCCUCUAAAGCUAAAAUACAAAAAGGCGUGCAGGAAACGAAAAAAUAAGAAGGAUAAAAGAAAGGAAAAAAAGAGAAAGGGAGGGAAGAAAAAUGGUAAAGGGAAGUCUGGUUCCAAAGGAAAAAACAAGAGGGGAGACUAGCGACAUAUUGAAAAUACCACGGCCAGUUUAACUUGUUACGGAGAAUCACCUUCGACCGCAGCGUCUAAUGAACGUAGUCCGUUAAGUGGAUCUCUAAAGGCUCUGAAACUCCUCAUGUUGAAGUUGAGGCUAAAUGCGAGGCUUCUCUUGUAUAAAUGCGAUAAAUCUGCUUGAGAAUAAACAAAAUCAAUAGUUUUAAGCCACUUUUUAAAGCAGAUUUUGUAAUUUCGGGAAUGGCCCAUUGCUUCAGCAGAAAACAUGCGUACCGUGUAGCAUUUGAACUACUAUUCUUGAAAAGGAAAAAAAAAAAAAUAGACAUGCUGUUGGGCGCACGAAACACUGGUCGAAGCCGGAUUUUUUCUCCUAAUUAUUUAGUGCACAGAUAAGUACUGAAACAGGAAUUCUAGUCAAAACAGAUAGCUCUUAUAACCGUAGCAUCGAUCGGUGAUAGGUAACUAAUCGUUCUUAUGACUGUCUUGAAUUUUGGAAUUGAUUCGUAGACCACAUCCUAUCUUUAGAAUUUCUGCACAGUCUUGAUGAAAGAGGCUCAUGCGCCAUGCUAGUAAAAAAAAAAAACUGGGUCUGCAGGAAAAGUAAUGAUUACGGUAAACCUUCUUCUUAAUUAUCCUUCUCGUCCUUGGAGUCAGUUUGGUAUUUUCUAAAUAUUUUGCUAAGUAUCAAAACGGUCAUAAAAUUGCUGAGGCAUGGCCUUCGUCUGCCUACCGAUUACAGUCUAGUCAUAAAUGAUAA